AAUGGUGCAGCUGGCGGUGGUGGUAGUGUCGUCGUUGGUGCAAGUAUUAUGUGCGAAAAUAACUCCGGCCCGGGCCCUGGCACGGGUGGACGGAAGCGGGGCCACCAGCAUCAUCCCCGCUUCGGCGGCACCAGACAAUCCGCUGUUCCGGCGGAGGAUGUGAUAGCUGCUCUGCGCGGUGCCUUCGACUGUGGCAGCAACUCGCUGUCUUCGUCUUCACUCUCAUCUUCUGCCUCGUCCCUGAACGUGUCGAUUACGGGUAGUGUUGGUGGUGGUGGUGGCAGUGACAAAGUAGUGACUGGCAGUGAUGGUACCAACAACAACAACCCACUGGUCACGGAGGGACCCACGAUUGCUAAGCGAUCGGAUGAUCCCGAUGCAGAACUGUUGGAUGAUUAUGAGCUAGCGGCAGCAUCAGCAGCAGCAACAGCUGACAUUGUAAAUAGUAAUAUCGAGAACAACAACAUCACAGCGCUUGGGGUACGGUGGAGUGGUGAGCCCAGCAAGGAAAACACCCCGGAACCGGAACAGGACCUACUAAACAACAAUCGCAGCAAAAGCAGCAGCACCCGCAGCAGCGUUAGUCCAAAAAAUGUGAUACCACUCGACGAGGUGGCCAAUAUCGAUGGGCGACCGCCGCCAGUGGAACCGGUCACACGCAUCGCGGAACCAGACGACGAGGAGAGCAUAGAGCUGAAGCUGGAUCAGAUCACGAGCGGGAAGGAGCUGGUACAGCAGAUCAACAAGAAGCUGAAGCGUAGCAAACGGAGCCCACAGUUGGACGACACCGGUACACCGGCCAGCGGGAAAAAGAAGUCAUCUUCCAGCAGCAAGAAAUCCUCAUCGAAGACGAGCAGCACUGGAACCGAUGGAGGGAAGCGGAAAAAAUCCAAGUCAUCAGCGGCGGCGGCAGCGGCAGCGUUGGAGCAGCGAGCAUCGGGAGAUGGAGCAUCGUGCGAUCUGGACGCUGUGAUCGGGGGGCUUUUAGGGUCGGCUGAGUACGGUGGCGGGUUGGCAGGUGAUGGCAGUAAGGAGCAGCUGAACGACGAGAACGAUCCGGACGUGGCGGAAUGGGCGAAGCUACGAUGUACGAGCGAGCGGACCGAGGUUAUUGCGGAGCGAGAACAUCGAAGGCAGAAGCGGUGUGCUGACUAUCCGGGAUUGGCAUUUGGGCGGUCCAUCUUUAGCUCCGAUACGAUGAUGAAGUUUAACAUCAUCCGGAACGAGCUGCACAACAUCAUGAAAACGCAGCUAAAGCGGGCCGAAUCGGAAGUUGCCGCUCUGAACCGUCGUAUUCAGCUGCUGGAGGAGGAUCUCGAACGUUCGGAAGAACGUUUGGCAUCCGCCACCGCUAAGCUGUCAGAGGCUUCGGCCGCUGCCGACGAGAGCGAACGCGCUCGCAAGGUUCUUGAGAACCGCGCCCUGGCCGAUGAGGAGCGCAUGGACGCCCUUGAGAACCAGCUGAAGGAGGCCCGAUUCAUGGCUGAGGAGGCCGAUAAGAAAUACGAUGAGGUCGCCCGUAAAUUGGCCAUGGUUGAGGCGGAUCUUGAGCGUGCCGAAGAGCGCGCCGAAGCCGGUGAAGCCAAGAUUGUGGAACUUGAGGAGGAGCUGCGCGUGGUCGGUAACAACCUGAAGUCGCUGGAAGUCUCGGAAGAAAAGGCUAACCAACGCGAGGAGGAGUACAAGAACCAGAUCAAGACCCUCACCACCCGUCUAAAGGAGGCUGAGGCCCGCGCUGAAUUCGCUGAACGUUCCGUUCAGAAGUUGCAGAAGGAAGUCGACAGACUCGAAGACGAGCUGACGGUCGAGCGUGCCAAGAACAAAAUGCUUCAGGAGGAGAUGGAAGCGACCCUGCACGACAUCCAGAACAUGUAAUGCGAACGCGUCGGCCUUUUGCAAAUGGCAAUUGCGGCAAAUCCGGUGGCUGCCGAAAUAAGAGGAUGAUGAUGCAUGUGGGGUUGGGGGCCACCAGAAUACCCUCGGCGUGCAUACCCGCGGUGGUAUCCUCGUGGUUGUUAAAAGGAGUGGAAAAGAUGAUCCAGAUGUAGCGAAAACAAAAAACGCGAAUUAUGUUUGUGAGCGACAAGGAAAAGGAAGAAGAAACGUUUGUAAAAUUGUGCUGGAGAAAAAAAUUAAUGUAUUAUUGACAAGCCGGAUAUGCAAAAUGGCGUGCGUGCGCACAGAUCAACCAGUAUGCCAAAAUCCUUCACAGCUAGCAACAAACAAAACCCACACGCACGUAACAAUUUUACCACACACAUACACACAGAUAAACGCAUUUCUGUACACAUUACUAUGGAAUUCAAUUUUUGCCCCAUACAUCUCCAUUCAUUUAAGAAGUUAAAAGCGCUCAUCGCCUGCAGCGUAUAGGUAUAGAAGAAAAGCAGAUCGUGCGACACUAGAACACGUGAACAAGCAUGGAUGAUCAAUGAUCAGGAGAUCAGUGUGCGGAUCGUGAGGAACAAUCGAAACAUUUCUGGCAAGAAGAGAUAGCAAAGCGAGUAUUGUAGGUUUUCUGUUGUGAACAAUAUUACGCACAAACCAACAUUGCAGUGUGUGCAAAGUGUGUAGAAGGAUAUCAAGCUCCUUGUUAAUGUUGCGAAAAAACAAUCACAUCCAGCGGUGCGAAUGGAACAUAAACACAAGUGAAACGAUCGAUUUAUAUGAGCCACUGUGGAUUUAAUGCAAUUGUAAAAAAACAGAAGAUAAUUUUCUUGAUAAGUCAUGAUUAUCAUAAGUCAGAAGCACACACACAAACACAAGGUAGUAGAUGAGCGAAUGCGAGUGACUAGUGUCGUGUCAUGUUUUAAGUUUUUUUGUUUGUUGCAUUUUAGAGAUUGAUCUGUAAGCUGAGAGUGGUGGCAUCACACACCGUGUGCCACAUGACGUGCACCGUAGGAGCAAUAGAUAACGUAUGUUUUUUUUUAAACUAGCAUAAAUGCGUUGUAAAGCAAAACAAAAUGUGUAAAAGACAGGCUUUUUCCGGAUAAGAUAGGUUACAUGUUUUUUUUUUUGAAGGUUCUACGAUCUUCCAUUCCCAUUUCUUCCCGGCGCGUGUUACGCGGAAUUUGGGCCGUGCUUUUUAUUUCGAUUUUAAAUCCACACCGAGAAAGACCGACAGAACAUUCCAACGAUGGCAUUCCGGUAAUAAAGUUAGUGUUGAAAAGACGUUUGAAACAAAUACACAAGAAGGAUUACGCAUUGUACAUUACAUUUAAGAGGAGAUCGUGCUUCACCGAACACAGGUGUGCAGUAGUACUAGUAAAUCAAAACUUUUGAAGCUCCAUUGUGUCGUAACGCAUUGGGGCAUCGUAUUAUUCCUCCAUGUUUUUUUUUUUGGUAUGAAGAUUACAAUUCUUCUAAUUAUUUUCGCACACAUGCUGACGAUAAGAAAUAUGUGUCCUUUCCAACACACCGUAACGUACACGUUGGUUGAUUUUUCUUCUUUAUCGCUUUACAAUGUUAUUUUAGCUCUUGCGCAUCAUCGUUCCCUGUCCGUAUCCACUGAAUCAACACCUUUGCGUGUACGCAUGCAGGACGAAAUCGCGGUAGUGAGUACUAGAGCAAGACCGUCACGUAACAAGCACGGAUAUGCAUGUUUGAAAUGCAUCCGUCGCUGGUGGUCUCGUCGGUAACGGUUGAUCGUUCUCUUUUCCGGCCUUUAAAAGUAGUGCUAUAGCAAAAAAGAAAAAGAAACAGGAGCCUAGUUCCCUAAUUCUCUAUCCCCCCCUAGAAGAGCGUCGCAUAAAUUGAUCUAAUGAACACUGUGUCAACGAGAAUGACCAAGUGUUAGAGUACAGAAUAGGUCAAAGCAUAAUGAUGUAAGAAAUUGGACCGUGAAAGUAAUCAACAUCUCACGAUUUUGCAUGUAUACCGGCAGAUAUUGAAAAGGAAUGCGCGAAUGCCAGCAAAAGACCGUUAAAACGUGCCUUUAGGAGUUUCAAUUUUCUUAUACACUUCAAUGCUAGUUUAGAUGGUAAGCUUACGCGAAAAGGGAGAUCUAAAGAAGACGCGUGUGUGCGUGUGUAAUUGUUUCCGGUCAUAGGAUGGAAUUCCCUCGCUUCAAAAAAAACAAAAAAAAAACAUUAUCAACACGAUCACACAUCGAUACACGAAUACACACCGAAAUUACACUCUCCUUUAAGAAAAAAAAAACACACACACACACGACCACCACAUACACCAAGUCGAACGCAGGUUAAAUGUGGGGGAAAACAGCGAGAAAACCCCCUUUAUUGUAUUUGAGUGUUUAUAAUAUAUUAUUUUAUCGUAAAUCGAGUAAAAAAUCCCACAACUCUUGUA